GAUGGAAUUCUUCAAGAAAGGCAAGUCUGUUAUACUUCGAAGUCACCUGGACAAGUACCUUCUCGCUGAUGACGAUGGAGAAACGGUUCGGCAGAGUCGGAACUUGUCCUCUAGCAAAGCGAGGUGGACGGUGGAAUUCGUGGAAGGGAAGAGCCACUUGCUGCGCUUCAAGAGCUGCCAUGGCCUCUACCUCACCGCUUCCUAUGCUCCCUUCCUUCUGGGUAUGUCAGGAAAGCGUGUCAUUCAGUCUCUGCCCUCCUCCAAGUGUGACUCUUCGGUGGAAUGGGAGCCCCAAAUGGAUGGGAUUCAGGUGAAACUCAGGUCAUGUGAUAGCACAUACUUGAGAGCCAAUGGAGGUCCGCCGCCUUGGAGAAACACCGUAACCCAUGACAUCCCACAGUUGACAACUACACAGGACUGGAUAUCAUGGUAUGUGGAAGUGGUGGAUAACCCUGAAACCGAUGAGUCCUUCGCCGAUUACCAAUCCCAGGCAUCUAGCUUGUCUUCUGUGUCGGAUGAGCUCGUGGAUUCCGAACCCAAUUCGCCAUCGUCGACAGCGUUGAGCAAAGCCAAGAAAUUUUCAUUUUCGGCCUUGGCGAAAUCCAACAAAUUCUCAUUUCCCAAGUCGCCCAAGUCGUCUUCUCUUAUUGCCUCGGAAUCGGGAAAUGAUAACUCCCACCACCAUGAAUCUUUUGCAAGCCAGAGUGGAAUGGAACUCUUCCGUAAUGCGAAGGCCGUCAGGCUACGGGGCCACCAUGAGAAGUACCUACUUGCAGAGGAGGAUGAGGAAACGGUGUGCCAAGAACGGAAUGGAUCUUCUAAGAGGGCUAGAUGGACGGUGGAGUUCGUUGAAGGAGCCAACGUUAUCCGUCUUAAGAGCCAUUACGGCAAAUACCUCACCGCUACCAAUAUCCCCUUCCUCCUUGGGAUGACUGGUCGUAAGGUUCUUCAGACUCUGCCCAGGAGGUUGGAUUCAUCUGUGGAAUGGGAACCCAUCAGGGAAGGAAUGCAGAUCAGACUCAAGACCCGUUACGGCCACUUCCUACGAGCCAAUGGAGGGUUACCUCCCUGGCGCAAUUCCAUCACCCAUGAUAUUCCCCACAGAACUUCAUCUCAGGAUUGGGUGGUCUGGGAUGUAGAUAUUGUCGAUAUUAAAGUCGAUUCUCCUCCUCGUCCUUCCCCAGUUGUUACCCGACAAGAUUCUGAACCCACACCUCCCAAAUUAUCAAAGCAAGAGUCGAUUGAUUCAUAUGUCUGUUCGCCACCCAAGCCUGAUGGUCGGACAAUCUAUUACAAUAUCGCUGAUGAAAAAGGUGAUGUCCAAGAUGCAAUCCAGGGUCCCAAUUUCAUUUUCAAGGGAGGUAAUGUGGAUGAAUUAACCCAGAAGUUGGAGGAAGAGACUGGGCUUCAAGGUAUCACUGUCUGUUCUCGCAAUAUCUUGAAUGGCAAACUCUACCCACUUCGCUUGCAUCUUCCGCCUAAUAAUACCACUAUGCAUGUGGUUGUCGUUACUGCUUCCUCAAAGGCUGCAAGAGAUUUUGCAAAGCCGGCGAACCCCACUAUUACAUGAGCAAAACCUCAAUGUGAUUAUCUGUGUAUAAAACAAAAGCAUACAGGUUCGAUGUAUUCAGCGCUCGACAGCUUGUUCGCUUGCCAAAAAAGAGAAGAAUCAAUUAAUCAGUCAAAUUUUUCUGUCUUAGCUCAUUUAAUUGAUAGUUUGGGGCAGUGAAGGUCUCUUAUAGUUGUAGCAAAGGGUUGUUACACUAGUAUUCUCCAAAAUUGAUGUUUUCAAAUCAUUGUACUGAACGUGGUAUAUGUGAUUACUAGGACUUAUCUUUAUGUCCGAUGUAAAAUUUUCUGCAUUUUUA